CGGAAGCUCGUCGCCUACUGUUUACAUGUACCUGUGCGCCAGGGCGUCGUUAAUAUGGACUAAACUAUACCCUUUUGUGCCCAAAGAUGAUAUGGCAGCUUAAAUGAAAUGCAUUUACGAGAAUGACCUUUUUGUUUUCACAGUUAACUCGCCAUUUACUGUAGGGUAAGCUUUAAUGCUAACGUUAGCCUGUCAUUGCACGGUGUGACGUAACGACGUAAGGUCACCUUUCCGAAACCUCACAAUUACCGUAUGUGGCACUAGUGUUUCACUUAUAAUACAGUAUAAUGUACCAACCAGUUGCUUCCAGUUUGUUUGGAUUGCAACUUUACAUAUUUCGUAUACGAAUGUUUUAUACCUGCUCUUCACUUUUCCUCAUCUGAAUUGAAACCGAGCUGCCAUCAUGCCCAUUAAAGAGGAUACAAUAUCAGUUUUAAAGCAGUUUGACAUUGGAGACAAAUUUUCCUGUCUGCCUGCGAUGCCUAAAGCCUCAGUGCUGGUCCCAUUGUUUGUGAAGGAUGGAGAACUGUACACCCUGAUGACCCUGCGGUCCAAGGAGCUGAGGAGAAAUGCUGGUGAAGUGUGUUUCCCGGGCGGGAAGAGAGACCCCAGUGACAGAGAUGAUGUGGAAACUGCCCUGAGAGAGGCAGAGGAGGAGAUAGGUUUACCACCUGACCAUGUCCAGGUGGUCUGUACACUGUUCCCUAUAAUCAACAAGAGAGGUCUUUUGGUGACCCCAGUGGUUGGCUUCAUAGAUGAGUCAUUUUGCCCCAGGCCAAAUCCAGAUGAGGUCAGUGCCGUGUUCACCGUCCCCCUGGACUUCUUCACUAGUGAAAAGGACCACUCUGCUACUCAUGGUGCUGCUGGGAUGAUGAUACCAUUGCACUCGUUUGAUUAUGUGGACCCUGAUACAGGAAGCCAGUAUCACAUAUGGGGCCUGACUGCUAUGGUGGUCAUAGUGGUUGCUACCCUUGCUCUAAGGAAAAAACCUGAGUUUGAUACUGGUUUUGACUCUGAGGAUCCACUAUCCUUCUUUCAACAGGCUCUCCAACGAAGACUUAAUAAACUAUGACUGCUUUUGUGCCAAUAUAAAACACCUGA